AUGCUAUACGGCCAAAAUUUACCAUGGCGGCUUGCGCUCCGGAACACAGCACGGGGGGCUGCUAGACAGAGCUCGAGUCUCUCCAGCAGACUACAUACUACAUCUUAUCGUUUUCGGAUACUUGCUGUGACGUCCUCGUCUUUACAGUCUUCCCUUCCAGCUCAAGCGGUAUGGGGGAGCUCGAGGUUCUCCACUUUACCUGCACGGAGGAAAGACGAGCCCAAAUUUUCGAAGGACGCAGUAAAGGAGAAUGUAGAGGAAAAUACGAACGACAAAAUCGAGUCGCCAAAGGAAGCCAGUGGCGACAGUGUAGCCGAGACGAAAAAUAAAGCACCCGAACCGACUUCACAGGGUGGUAAUUCGACUGGGGGCGCAGCAGAUGGCAAGGCAAGCAGUGCUGGAUCUGGAGGAUCUGGUGACUCGGGGAGCGGAGAUGGCGGAAAGAAAGGGCGGAAGCCCUCUGCUGAGAAGGCUUUACAGAAAGCUACGGUUCCGGACGUCUAUCCGCAGGUUAUGUGUCUCCCGAUCUCGAAACGACCUCUGUUCCCAGGAUUCUAUAAGGCGAUUACGGUUCGGGACCCCAAUGUCGUUGCUGCGAUACAGGAGAUGAUUAAGAGAGGACAACCUUACAUUGGGGCAUUUCUUUUCAAGGAUGAGAAUGCGGACGGGGAUGUGAUCGAGAAUAUAAAUCAAGUGCAUGACGUGGGGGUUUUUGCGCAGAUUACCAGUGCAUUCCCGGUGCAUGGCGACGAAGGUGCGCUCACUGCGGUUUUCUACCCGCAUAGAAGGAUCAAGAUGUCGGCACUUAUUAGCAAUGCGGAUGGGGCCACGGCCGCGGAGGCUAAGAAUAAGGAAGGGACUCCUCCAGAUGCUCCAGUGAUACCUGAUGUCAUUCCACCAACGUCAGCGAAGGAGGAGAUAUCGCCAGACAAGAAGGGUGAUGUGGUGGCUAGUUUUGAGGAGAGUGCCGUGCAGCAGAAAGCCAAUGAUACACCCGCCGCUUACGACCCGACAUCAUUCUUGCGGAAAUAUCCUGUCAGCCUGGCCAAGGUGGAGAACCUCGCAGAAGAACCGUACGAUACGAAAAGCCCUGUUAUCCGAGCAAUUACAAAUGAAAUCAUCAAUGUCUUCAAGGAGGUAGCGGGAAUGAACUCCCUCUUCCGCGACCAAAUUUCAAGCUUUUCCAUGAGCCAGUCCGCAGGCAAUGUGAUGCAAGAGCCCGCUAAGCUCGCCGAUUUUGCUGCUGCAGUAUCAGCGGGCGAGGUUGCUGAGCUACAAGAAGUGCUGGAGACUCUGAAUGUCGAAGACAGACUGCAGAAGGCGCUUGUUGUUCUGAAGAAGGAGCUUAUGAACGCGCAGCUGCAGUCCAAGAUCACCAAGGAUGUCGAGAAAUCGAUUCAGAAGAGGCAGCGAGAAUACUGGUUAAUGGAGCAGAUGAAGGGCAUUCGGAGAGAACUUGGCAUCGAAUCUGAUGGAAAGGAUAAGCUUGUUGAGAAAUUCAAGGAGAGAGGGCAAAAGCUUGCGAUGCCAGAGCCAGUCAAGAAAGUCUUUGACGAGGAGCUGAACAAGCUAGCUCAUCUGGAACCAGCCGCUUCGGAGUUUAAUGUGACGAGAAACUACUUGGACUGGUUGACUCAGAUCCCCUGGGGCCAGCGAAGUGCAGAAAACUUUGGAAUAACCAAUGCCAUGACGGUUCUGGACGAGGAUCAUCACGGUCUGAAGGACGUCAAGGACCGCAUUCUGGAGUUCAUCGCGGUGGGAAAGCUGAGAGGAACUGUGGAAGGCAAGAUCUUGUGUUUUGUCGGCCCUCCCGGAGUUGGAAAGACCAGUAUUGGAAAGAGCAUCGCCAGAGCUCUCAACAGGCAGUACUACAGAUUCAGUGUGGGAGGUCUCACCGAUGUUGCGGAGAUCAAGGGUCAUCGAAGGACCUACGUUGGUGCAUUACCUGGACGAAUCAUCCAGGCUUUGAAGAAGUGCCAGUCUGAAAAUCCAUUGAUUUUAAUUGAUGAGAUUGAUAAGAUCGGGCGAGGCCACCAAGGCGACCCCGCAUCCGCUUUAUUGGAACUGCUCGACCCAGAACAGAACAACUCGUUCUUGGACCACUACCUGGAUGUCCCUGUUGACCUGUCCAAAGUCCUUUUUGUUUGCACAGCUAACAUGACCGAUACGAUCCCACGACCGCUGCUUGACCGAAUGGAAAUGAUCGAAUUAUCUGGAUAUGUUGCCGAUGAGAAGAUGGCAAUCGCUGAGCGAUACCUGGGACCAGCUGCCAAAGAGCUUGCUGGAUUGAAGGAUGUCGACGUUAAUCUAAGAAAAGACGCCAUCGAAGAACUUAUUAACAAGUACUGUCGGGAGUCUGGGGUUCGAAAUCUCAAGAAGCAGAUCGAGAAAGUAUACCGCAAGUCAGCAUUGAAGAUCGUGCAAGACCUUGGCGAGAGCGCGUUUCCGGAAGAUGAGGCUUUAACCGAGGAAGGAAAGGCAGCCCAAGAGGAGUCGAAGAAAGACGAGACCGAUGUCAAGGCGACUUCGGAGAAUGUCGAAAAGGAGACUACAGAAGUCCCUCGGGUCAGCCUUAAGGUUCCUGACUCUGUGCACGUAAACAUCGACAGGCAAAACCUGAAGGACUACGUUGGUCCUCCGGUCUUCACCUCUGAUCGAUUGUACGACGUAACUCCGCCAGGGGUUGCUAUGGGUCUUGCGUGGACACAGAUGGGAGGGGCCGCUCUGUACGUUGAAUCGAUCCUGGAAAGUGCUCUCAGUCGAGAUUCUCGCCCUGGACUUGCGGUGACUGGAAAUCUCAAAGCUGUCAUGAAGGAAUCGACUUCCAUCGCAUACUCUUUUUCCAAGUCGGUAUUAGCGAAGCAAUUCCCCGAUAACCGCUUCUUCGACAAGGCAAAGGUGCAUCUUCACUGCCCCGAAGGUGCUGUUCAAAAGGAUGGACCCUCGGCAGGCAUCACAAUGGCGACAUCGUUGCUUUCGUUGGCUUUGAAUCAGCCGCUGGAUCCGACUAUUGCCAUGACCGGUGAACUGACUGUUACUGGAAAAGUUUUAAGAAUUGGUGGUCUUCGCGAAAAGACUGUAGCUGCGCGUCGAGCUGGAUCCAAAAUGAUCAUCUUUCCAGCUGACAACAUGUCUGAUUGGCUAGAACUUCCAGAGAACAUCAAGGAAGGAAUUGAGGGGCACCCAGCAAGCUGGUACUCGGACGUCUUUGGCCUCGUCUUCCCUAACCUCGAUACCAAGAAAGCCAAUAAGCUGUGGAAAGACCAGCUGUCAAAAAAGAAGAGCAGAGAUGACGACAGCGAAGAUGACGAUUGA